AUUUUUUAUGUAAUCUGUUGGUUGACUUUUGACAUUCACGAUUUCGCGAUUGCACGUCUCGUGAGUUGAAGUAGACUGUUAUUGUAAAAGUAUCGAAUUGUAUGUAAGAAAUGUGAAUAAACAGUGCAUAUUGCAUAGUUGCAAUAAAUAAGUGCAUCAAAAUGUAUCGUAAAAUAGUGUGGUGUUACGUAUUUGUAUUGACGUUAUUGGAUAUAUCACUGAACACUAAGCUGACAGCUCAGGGAAAGAGUCAUGUUUACAGCAGAGGUUGCCAAUCGGUCGAUCACGACACGACCAUUAGUCCCAUCAAUCGAGACAAGGCAAAAAGACAUAUUAUUUUUGGUGAUGGCAAGGAAUGGGGAAAGGAGUCCGGCGCGGAGGGCGGCGCGGGCGCGGGGCGCGGGGGGCGCGCGGUGGCGGCGGGCGCGCUGCAGCUGUCGCCGCCGGCGCUGGACUUCGGGCGCGCCGCGCUGGCCACCGCGCAUGCGCUCACCGUGACGCUCACCAACACCGCCAACACUACCAUGCACCUCGCCUCCGUCGCCGGCACCACGCCCGACUUCCACGCUUCUUUCUUCGAAUCUAAGACGCUGGCGCCGCAGGGCAACACGUCGUUCAGCGUCGUGUACCUCGGGCGCCGCGAGGGCGCCGCCGCCGCGCACCUCUACAUACACACGUCGCUCGGCGUGCACAAGUACCCGGUGUCGGCGGUGGGCGUGGCCAGCGAGUGGGGGGUGUGGCCGCUGCUGGGGCUGCGCGUGCCGCUCAACGCCUCCGUGCAGCCGCUGCUCACGCUGCACAACCCCACCGACAGCGCCGUGCAGGUCCGCGAGGUCUACUCGUCCGCCGCCUGGCUGGGGCUCGAGCUGCCCGGCGGCACCGCGCAUGCGCCGCGCGCUCUCUGGACCGUGGCGCCGCACUCGCAGCGCGCGCUGGUGCGCCUGCGCGUGGCGCCGCCUGCGGGCGCGGGCCCGCUGACGGCGUACGUGCGCGUGCGCGGCGCCGGGCUGCCGGGCGGCGCGCUGCUACUGUGUGUGCAGGCGCGCGCCGCGCCGGCGGGCGAGUACGCCAGCCCGCUGCAGCUGCGGCUGCGGCCGCGCGGCUCGCGGGACGCGCCCGACGUGCUGGAGCUACAGGCCGGUAACAGCGCCGCCGCCGCCGUGCGCUUGCAGGCUGCGCUGUGGGCGCGCGCGCUGCGCCGAGGCGCCGCACGACCCGCCGCCGCCGCCGGACCCGCCAGCGGCGCCCGCGGCGCGAAGUCCCCGGGCGUGCAGCUGUCGCUGCUGCAGCCGCAGCUGGAGCCGCACCAGCCGCCGGCCGCCGUCGCGCAGCUCACGCUCGACUGUACGUACACUGGGGGCACUCCCUCGGCCGGCGCGCCCGCCACUCACCGCGCGCUCUGUGCAGACGCGGCGCUGUGGCGGAGCACGCGGCGGCCGCGGGCGGCGCGGGCGGUGCGGGCGGCGCGGGCGGCGGCGCGGCGGCGGGCGCGUGGUGCGCGGGCUGGGUGCGGCUGGGGCGCGCCGCGCUGCCGUACAGCGUGCGCGUGCUGCCGGGCACGCUGCGCCGCGCGCCGCACCAGCUGCAUAACAGCGUGCCUGUAUCGCAGCUUCGUCACUGCCAACCGAGAGGACGCGCUGCGCCAGCGCGAGGUGCGCGUGCGCAACGAAUUCCCCGUGGCCGUGCACGUCACUCGGCUAGAGCUGGCGCCCUCGGGCGCGCGGUACUGGGAGGUCGAGUCGCUGGCCCCUCUAGAGCUGGCGCCGGGCGCGGACGGCCUGCUGGCACGCGUGCGCCUGCGGGCGGCGGCGCUGGCGCCCGGGGCGCCCGAGUCUCUGGCGGAGCGCCUGCAGGUGGCCACCAACGUCACGGACUACUCGCUGCCGCUCCUGCUGUACAGCGGCCGUCUGCGACUCGGACGGACGUCAGAGCAAGGUCGCUACGGCCGUAACGAGCGCUGGUGUGUGCAGGAGUGGGAGUGGCCCAACUCCGAGGACGGGUCGCUGCGGCUGGGCGCCGUCGGCACGUCGUCCACGCGGCGCGUGGCGCUGCGCCUGCACAACCCCGCGCCCGCGCCGCUGUGCCUGGAGCCGGCGCUGCAGCUGGCCGGCGCGUCGCUGGCGCUGGACGCCUGCGCCGGCACGCGCGCCCCGCCCGGCCACGCCUGCCGCUGCUGGCGGGCGCGCGCCGCGGCGCGCGCCACGCUCAGCGUCGUGGCGCCGGCGCGCGAGGGCGCCCUGCGCGGCGCGCUGCUGCUGUGGGCGGCGGCGCCGGGGGCCGACGCGGCGCGCGCGCUCACCCGCGCCGCGCUGGAGCUGAGCGCGCACGAGGGCCGCGUGGCGGCGCUGCCGCUGCCGGUGCUGCGCGCGGCGCCGUACGCGCCGGCGCGCGCGCCGCUGCAGCUGGAGUGCAGCAUGGCGCUGCGCAUGCAGGUGGCGGGCGUGACGCUGCCGGCGCGCGAGGCGCUGCAGUGGGCGGGGCGCCAGCCGGCGCCGGAGCUGGGCGGGCGGCAGGCGGUGGGCGAGCUGGUGUGGGCGCCGGAGGGGCUAGGGCGCAGCGUGGCUACAGCGCGCAGACGAGAUAGGGGAGGCGGAGGACGGGGACGAAGCGGACGACACCGCCGACCCGUGCGGCGCCGCCCUGCGCGCCGACGCGGGCCUGCUGGCGCCCCGGCGCGCGCAGUUCCAGGGCGCCGCGCCGCGCAACGUGUCGCUGCACGUGCACACGACGCAGGCCGUGCAGCUGCCGGCGCGCGCCACGCUGGCGCCGCUGUGGCCGCGCCUGGCGCCCGCGCGCGCGCACGCCGGGCUGGCGGCCGUGGGCGCCGCGCUGCCCUUCUCGCUGCGCCUGCGCAACCCGUCCGCCACGCACGCCGUGCUGCUGCAGGCCGUGCUGCACGGCGCGGCGCUGGGCGCCGACGAGGCGGCCUGCGCCGACUGCGUGUGGGCGCGCCGGGCCUUCUCGCUGCAGGACUGGCGCGGCGCGCGCGGCGCCGUGCGCGCCCUGGGCGGGGGCGCGGGGGCGCGGCGCGGGCGGCGCGCGCUGCCGCUGCUCUGCUGCUGGCGGCGGGCGCGGAGCUGGAGCUGCGGCUGAGCUUCGUGCCGGCGCAGGCGGCGGCGCUGGCCAGCUACCUGUACUUGCGCAACAACCUGACGGUGCUGGAGCCGGUGCUGCUGACGGGGCGCGGCGCGUACCCCCGCUUCGAGCUGGCGGGCCGCCGCCCCGGCUCCGGUGCGCCGCUACUGUUCGAGGUGAGCUCGUGCGGCGGCACCGUGCGGCGCACCGUGCUGGCGCGCAACACCGGGCCCGUGCCGCUCUACCUGCGCGACUGGCGCCUCGCCGGCCAGCCCUGCCAGGCGCGCGGCUUCCGGCUCUCGCCCUGCGCCGCGCUGGCGCUGGCGCCCAACGAGAGCCGCCCGCUCACGCUCGCCUUCAGCCCCGACUACACGCUGGCGCGCGCCGCCGCCGACCUCACGGCGCGCACCGACACCGCGCGCGCCGCCUUCCUGCUGCAGGCCUCCGCGCCCGCCCGCCUGCUGCCGCGCUGCGCCGCCGCCGCGCCGCGCCCGCCCUGGGAGCCCGCCGCGCGCGCCGCCGCCCGCCUUGGCUGGCGCUCGCCGCGCUGGCACUCGUGCUGGCCGCCGCCGCGCUCGACGCCGAGCGCGAACUGCGCCGCGCGCGCGCCCAGCGGCCCCCGCCCGCGCCCGCGCGCCCCUCGACCUGCGCGCGCUCGUGCACGAGGUUCCGCCGCCUGCGCCGCGCCGCCCUGCCGCGCGCCGACGCCGCCCGCCGCGCCGAGACGCGCCCGACCCGCGCGCAGAACGCCGCGCCUUCGAGCGAAGCACCGCCGCCGGCGACGACUCCCCGCCCAGUGGCACGCCGCGGCCCCACACGCAGUCCGGCGGCGAGAGCCCCCGCCCGGCGCGCCAGCACGCGUGCCCGCGCUGCGCAUGCGCGUGCGCGCCGCGUCCGGCUCGCCCGUGCGCGAGGCCCGGCGCGGCGCGACGGCGCGGCACCCGGCGCGCAAGGACAAGGCCGCCAAGCGCGCCCGCUCGCGGCCCGCGUCCCCGCCGCGCAGCCCCGCCGCGCCGCGCCCGCCGGCGCCCGCGGCGCUGCGCUGGGGCGCGUCGUGGAGCUCGGUGGUGGCGCGCGCGCCGGCGCCGACGCCGCUGGCGCCCAUCGGCGAGCACGUGCGGCGCCGCGAGCCCGAGCCGCGGGCGCUGGCGGGCUCUGGCGACCACUCCCUGUUCUACUUCAACGGCGACACUCCGCAGUCUCUCGCUUGCCACGACUCUGACUUCUCCUGGCGCCCGCCGCCUGCCCUGGACCGCCCCAGUUUCUCGCCCACGCACGAUUUCCUCGGUCCGGUGGCGGACGAGGCGAGCUCCGUGGGCCCGGUGGGCCCCGUGGGGUCGGGCGUGGGGCGCUCGCUGAGCUCCGUGUGGGGCGCGGGCGCGGCGCUGGAGCCCCGGCGCGACGGGCCGGCGGCCGCGGCCUGGCUGUGGGGCGGCUACGGCGAGCCGGCCGUGCGCCCGCCGCCCGGCUUCGGCGCGCCGCCCCGCCCGGUGCGGCCCUACGACCCGUUCCGCUCGCUGGCGUCCAUCUGGGCGCCGGGCGCGCUGGACUGGCGCCCCGACCCCGACCCGCCCGAGCCGGACCAGUAGCCGGCGCCCUAGUCACGCCCGCGCCGGCGCCGCUCCGCUCGCUCGCACUCUCUCGUCUGCUCGAUUGUCUGUUCAAGACUGAAUUAAACUUACACUAUCUCAAAUGAUGAUCAAUUACUCGUUUUAUUGCCUGACCGACCUCUUCGAUACCCGAGUUGACCGAACCGUUUAUGUUGUUCGCACGAAAGAUAGGUAGCCAGGUAGGUACAGGCUGGCACCAUUACACGAUAUCCAAAACUUACAUGGUAAAGAACCUUCUCUCUGCCUUCCAAGAACCAUUGCACUAAAAUUACCUCGACCAUGAGGGGAACUUACGAAACUCGUAGUGGCGUAUACUACUUAUAAUCAGUCUGAUGAAGGAGUCGAAGCGAUGUAGAUAAGAGCGUUAAACCUAGUUGGAGAGUGACGGUCGUUAGGGUCUCAUAAUGAAGAAGUAAUUCAGGUAAGGCCACUCCUUAACCAUUACACCAUUUAUAGUGAGUUACUUACUAUUUAAUAAACAGAUGAACAGAGAGACGUAUCAGCUUUAGUCAGGCUAAAACCUAUUUUACGUGAAUUACGGGAAAGAUAUCUUCAGGGGCUGUGUUCAAAAUAUUACCAUUUGGUCAUGACAUUUACGUUGAGUGCUGAACAAUUGUUGCACUCGAGCACGAUGCUGUGAUCUCGGGUUCGAUUCCCGGGUUGGAC